UCACCCGACGAACGGAUUGCGCCCUUUAGCUCCCCGUUUCAUCUCCUUAAUCUCCCCCAAUUCCUAACUGAGGCAAAAAUCAAGGUAGGGCGGGGCCCUACCUUUGCCCUACUGGGUCCUCCGCCCGCGAGACAUGUCUCAUCAUCACGACAACAAUAUUGAGAUGGAGGAUGAUUUCGACAUGGACGACCCAGUAGAUGACCUUGCUGGAGAUGAAUACCACGAGCUGGAGGAUAGGGAUUCUGACUCUGACGAGGAUGAUGAGUAUGCCCAUGCUAUUUAUAAGGCAUCCGACACAUCAGCAGCAGAAGCAAGACGUGGAAAAGAUAUUCAAGGAAUACCAUGGGAUGAGCUGAAAAUCACCAGAGAAAAUUACAGGCAGACCAGAUUAGAACAGUACAAAAACUAUGAGAACAUACAUAAUUCUGCAGAAGCAGCAAUGAAGGCAUGCAAAUCUACUGAGAAAGAUGGAACAUAUUAUGAGUUCAGAAGAAAUACUAGAUCAGUAAAAUCUACUAUCCUACACUUUCAGCUGAGAAAUUUAGUAUGGGCUACAUCAAAACAUGAUGCCUACCUAAUGUCACAUUACUCGGUGCUGCACUGGUCAGCCUUGACUGGCGUGGACACAGAAAUUAUGAAUGUCCGAGGGCAUGUUGCACCGAGUGAGAAGCACCCAGGAAGUUUAUUAGAGGGGUUUUCUCAGACUCAGAUUACUACGAUGACAGUCAAGGAUAAUUUGCUAGUAGCUGGCGGUUUCCAAGGAGAGCUAAUAUGCAAACACCUUGAUCGGAAAGGAAUAAGCUUUUGCUGCAAGACAACAUAUGAUGAUAAUGCAAUUACCAAUGCAGUGGAGAUAUUCAAUACUUCAAGUGGUGCCGUUCACUUCAUCGUUUCUACCAAUGACUCUGGUGUGAGACAAUACGACAUGGAAAGAUACCAGUUAUAUAAGCACUUCCGCUUUGAAUGGCCAGUGAAUCAUGCGUCUUUGAGUCCUGAUGGAAAGCAUGUAAUCAUUGUCGGGGACGAUCCAGAUGCUUUGCUUUUUGACAUUAAUUCAGGAAAGGUUAUUCAUUCCAUGAAAGGUCACUUGGAUUUCUCAUUCGCAUCGGCUUGGAGCCCUGAUGGCCAGACAUUUGCCACUGGCAAUCAAGACAGGACAUGCCGGGUUUGGGAUGUGAGAAAUCUCUCGCAGUCCCUCCAUGUCUUGAGAGCUAACGUUGGUGCUAUAAGAUCUAUUCGCUUCACAUCAGAUGGUUGCUUCCUGUCAAUGGCAGAGCCAGCAGACUUUGUUCACAUCUUUGAUGUCAAAAGUGAUUAUAAUAAGAGGCAAGAGUUGGAUUUCUUUGGUGAGAUAUCUGGUAUGUCUUUCAGCCCUGACACGGACACACUAUUGGUUGGUGUCUGGGAUAGGACCUAUGGCAGCCUACUUCAGUUUGGGCGCCUCUAUAACUCCUCGUACCUUGAUUCGCUAUUAUGAGGUCAAAGCAAACAAGAAUUGUGCCUCAGUUGUGCCGGAUUUCAUCUGUUGCUGAUUAGGUAUCCUGGAGUUAACUUGGUCAUUCGUUAAUAAUUCUUAUAUCCCGUUGUAUGUGUACAUAAGAAAUGUAUACAGCCAUAGCCUGCUUUGAGGUAGGAGUCAUAGGUUAGAUUUCUAGGGCUAGUUGGAUCCAUGAAUUUGGAUGUAACUUGUGUCUGGCAGUUCUAUUGUGAACAUCUCCUGUAUCGACCGGAACCGGAUGCCUCUGAUAGUUGCGAUCCCACAGUCGUGCGGUGUAGUUUUGGUUGUGUUGAGCUGCUAUACCGGAAAGGAAUUGUUCAGUCUGCUGAAUUCACAAUACUUUGAUUUUAAACUUGAUACUCCCUCAGACCGAUAUUACUUGUC